GCGGAGUUCUCGCUGGGUCAGUGGUAAGUUGGACGGGGUAUCCAUCACAGUCAUUUGAAAGUCCUGCAAAAUCUGCAUCUCUCUGUGGAAAAUCACUUUACCGUUUGAGGAGAAUUGUAAUUUUAGGGACCAACGGAAUUACAAAAUGUUGAGCAACCGGUCAACCACCACCCGGCAACCCUCCUCCUACAAGAGGAUGUUCGGCGGAGAGCGUCCCGCAAUGGCCCGGUCGACUUUCUCAAGCCGCCAGUACUCGAGCCCCGUGCGCUCCUCCAGGAUGUCCUAUAGUGUGUCCUCCGCGCCGCCUAGCAUCUUCGCAUCCAAGACUACCCGUCUCCGUAGCAGUGCCCCAAUGCCCCGACUUUCAUCGGAUAAUGUUGACUUCGCUCUCUCGGAUGCCAUCAACAUGGAGUUCAAAGCCAACAGGACCAACGAAAAAGCGGAGAUGAUACAUCUCAACGACAGGUUCGCCAACUAUAUCGACAAGGUGCGAUUUCUGGAGCAGCAGAAUAAGAUUUUGAUCGCGGAGCUGGAGCAGCUCAAAGGGAAAGGAACGUCCCGCAUCGGGGACCUAUACGAGGAUGAGAUGAGAGAACUACGGCGGCAGGUGGACCAGCUGACAAAUGAGAAAGCUCGGGUCGAAGUGGACCGGGACAACCUGGGGGACGACAUAGAGCGGCUCAGAGAAAAACUUCAGGAGGAAAUGCUGCAGAAAGAGGAGGCAGAACAUAACCUACAGAGCUUCAGACAGGAUGUGGACAACGCCUCCCUGGCCCGCCUGGACCUGGAGAGGAAGGUGGAGUCUCUACAGGAGGAGAUCAUCUUCCUCAGGAAGGUGCAUGAUGAGGAGGUCGCUGACCUGCAUGCUCAGAUGCACGAGCAGCAUGUUCAGAUAGACAUGGACGUGGUCAAGCCUGACCUGACCACCGCUCUGAGGGAUGUCCGGCUGCAGUACGAGACUCUGGCCAACAAGAACAUGCAGGAUUCCGAGGACUGGUACAAGUCAAAGUUCACCGACCUGACUGAGGCGGCGGCGCGCAACACCGACGCCAUUCGCCAGGCCAAGCAGGAUGCCAACGAGUACAGGCGUCAAGUGCAAGUCCUCACCUGCGACGUGGAAGCCCUCAAAGGAACGAACGAGUCUCUGGAACGACAGAUGAGGGAGCUGGAGGAGACCUUCGGCCUGGAGGCGGCUAACUACCAGGACACCAUCAUCCGUCUGGAGGAUGACAUCCGCAACAUGAAGGACGAGAUGGCCCGCCACCUCAGGGAGUACCAGGACCUGCUCAACGUCAAGAUGGCCCUGGACAUCGAGAUCGCCACCUACAGGAAACUUCUGGAGGGAGAGGAGAGCAGAAUUACCACUCCUAUGCCCAACUUCUCUUCUUUCAACCUGAGAGAAUCCAUGGUGGAGGCUCGGCCAAUGAUUGACAGCCUGUCCAAAAAGGUUCUGAUCAAGACUAUUGAGACCAGAGAUGGACAUGUCAUCAAUGAGUCGACCCAGAAUCAUGAUGAGCUUGAGUGAUGCCGGCAAGACUCAAGAAGAAGAAGAGAUCUGCCUCCGCUGGAGGACUGCUGACACAUUGAGAAAUGGAGAGAGGGAAUAGGGGAUAUUUCUGUUAUUUCAGUGAGCGUUAAAAGUAUACAUAAAUACAACAAAAAAAACGUGCAAACAUUUUAAGAACAGCUUUAAAAGUGCCUUGUCACCAUGAUAGAGGGGCUUGCUGAUAGGGUUGUGCUGAUAUCCUACAGUAGAGUAGAAAUAGAACAUUGUUUAGAGAAGAAACCAGCUAUGAAUGUUUCUGUCCAUCACUGCUGCAGUCUCUAGUUUACACUCUGUAACCACAGCAACACUGACACAAUGGCUGUUUUCUUUUCUUAUCAAAUUUUACCAAAUUAUCAUGAAUAAAGACUGAAGCACUGUCAACCUACACCAACACCAAACGGUCUCUGCUUCUGUACCUCAAUAAAACUUUGAAGAAAAACAAAA